AUGGCUUCCACUAUCUCCUACGCCAACGUCGCCGCUACUGGAACUUCGAAGUCCGACUCCAACCUGGAUGUCCUGGACGUGGUUUCAGAUAUCUCUUCCUCGAAUGAGGUUGUGUCGCCAACCUCUGAGGCUCCAGCUCAAGAAUCUGACAAAUCUGAUGUGUCUGAAGUGUCUGAACUGACUGAAUCUGCCACUACACCUGCUCCAGCUCAGAAAAAGGAGAAGAAGGUGUUGGCACCUGCCCCUGUUCCUACGAAAUCUGUUUGGGGAGUUGCUUCUCUGGAGCAAAAUACUGCUAACGUGGAUGAGCACAAGUGGCCAACUCCAGACAAGGUGCCUCAACUCGAGCAGACGACACCCUCCAAAGCUGCAAAAUUCAUCAAGCCAAAUAAGUGGGUUCCCAUCAAUGCCAAAGUUGUGUUGCCUAGCCCCAGAAAUCACUUACAAGGCGCCGCAGGCAACCAGCAGAAGAACAAGAGAAAGAACAAGACCCAAAAGAAGAAGACGCCUACUUCGUCUUCUGAUGACUCCAUAAUAAAGAAAGACGACAAGGAGAAGUCUGACAGUGAAGUCACUAGCGAAACUUCAAAUGGCGAACUCGAAGCUGAAUCCCCGGAAGGUGAACAAGGUGCCAACGGUCAACUGCAUAACUACAACUACCAGAACGAUGGCUACCAAAGACUGCGGUACAACAACCAGAACACAUCGCAGAAGAAUUUGAAGAAGUUUACCCAGAAUGGUCACUCUCAGAACGGAAAAUCCACCCAGCAUCAGCAGCCUCGUCCAGGCUUCUAUCCGCAAUUUGUUCCAAGCCAAUACCAAAAUUACACGGGAGGUAGACAAUUCAAGCCUAACGGUGCCAAUGGCAGCCAAUACAGAAGAAGCAACAGCAAUACCAACAUUCCAAAUGGUUAUGCUGAGAACUACAAUGUCAUGGGCGGCAACUACUUGCCUCAUAUCCCACACCACCCACAGGCUAUGAUGGGUAUGCCAUUUGGCAGCCCCGUUCCAGUUCAGAUUCCCCCACCAAUCAGCCCCAAGCAGAACCCACAGCAAGCAUUGACGCAGCAGAUUGAUUACUACUUCUCUUUGGAGAACUUGAUUAGAGAUGUGUUCUUGAGAAAGAACAUGGGCACCGAAGGAUGGGUGGAGUUGGACUUGGUGUUGAACUUCAAGAGAAUCAAGAUUAUUGUAAAUGGUAUCCACAAUGCUAUCGAGGAGACGGAUCCUGAGAAGAGAGCCAAGGAGUUAGACACAAGUAUCUUGCACGCCGUGCAACAAUGUCAGAAUGUGGAGAUUGGAUACUUGAAUGGAAAGGAGCACGACAACGCAACAGCCACGGAAGUGCAGUUGAGAGUCAAGAACAACUUUGAGCAAUGGUUGUUGCCAGACAACUAA